UCAGUCCCUCAAUCGCCCAUCCUUUCUCACCAUUAGCACGGAAUCAAGGACUGAUACUUUCGAUACAACCUCUGUCGCAUCUUGGUUCUGCACAUAAGAACAGCUCAUCAUGUCUUCGAACAAGCCCUACAUCGUCAUCUUCAAGCAGUCCGCCUCAUCAGGCGAUAUUGAUUCCCAUAUCAAGGAAGUCGAGUCGCAGGGCGGCAAGAUCAAGCAGCGCUUCGAUAGUGAAAUCAUGAAGGGAUUCGCGGCCACGAUGCCUCAGGAUCAUGCACAGGCGCUUACUGCUAAGAGCGGUGGGGAACACAUCGAUUAUGUUGAGCCCGACUCAGAGGUGUCGACUCAGUAGAUCUCUCGAAAUAUACUGAUGAACUACCAUGAGUGAAGACUGUAAAAGAACGUGUACACUCGUUGCUACGGGGGCCAGAUUAGCGUAUGCUUGUCUCUGAGAUCUGCAGCAAACGUUGACCAUUUCCGUCAAGAGGACUCCAGGAAGGUACCUCCUCAGAGCGUCAAGACUGAUGCGCCAUGAGAGCACAAGGAAAGUAGAGCAGACUCCAAUAAGUGGC